AUGCGCACGAUUAUGCUGGCGAGCAGGAUUCGUCUGGGUGUGGCGGCUAUGGACCGCAAGGCGCGCUCUAAGCCUAUGCAAAAUAUUCUAAACAGGUUGCUUUUGAAGGACAAUGUCGAAGUUAUCAAUUUCGGCGACAAGAUGAUUCUCGACGAAGACGUGGAAAUGUGGCCCAUUGUCGACGUGCUCAUUUCCUUUUUCAGCACUGGAUUCCCUCUGGAAAAGGCAAUACGCUAUGUGCAUCUGCGCAAGCCAGUGUGUGUUAAUGAUUUGGACUUGCAAACCGUGCUGUGGGACCGGCGUGCUGUCUUGCGUAUUUUGGCCGCAUCUGGCGUUCCUACACCGCCAAGUUUGUCUGUGGAUAGGAAUGGAGGUCCUGAUUUGGACCCUGCGCUUGUUCAAGAUAUUAAGAACAGGCUUGGUGUGGACAUUUCAGUCGCACAUGUGCCGAAACAAUUUGAAAUGCACGAUGAAGAUGUUUUGGUGGUUAAUGGACAGAGCAUUCGAAAGCCGUUUGUCGAGAAGCCAGUGAGCGGCGAGGACCACAAUGUGCAUAUCUACUUCCCUAAAUCUAGGGGCGGCGGUGGGCGACGGCUGUUCCGCAAAGUAGGAAAUAAAUCGUCUGAGUUUGAUCCUAAUUUGGUAUAUCCCCGGACGGAUGGGUCCUAUAUUUAUGAAGAGUUCAUGGAUGUGGACAAUGCGGAGGACAUUAAGAUAUACACGAUUGGUCCAGACUUUGCUCAUGCAGAGACGCGCAAGUCUCCUGUGGUUGAUGGCCUUGUGAAACGUAAUCCUGACGGCAAAGAAGUCCGGUACAUUACGGAGCUCACCGCCGAUGAGCGCAGAAUUGCACGCGAGAUUAGCCUUGCAUUCAAACAGUUUAUCUGUGGCUUUGACUUACUGCGCGUGAAAGACAAAAGCUACGUUAUUGAUGUCAAUGGCUGGAGCUUUGUGAAAGGCAAUGACGAGUAUUACGACAAGUGCGCCCAAGUCCUCUCCAAAUUUUUCGAGGCAAAUGUGGCGUCUUGUCCGCAGCGUUCGCCUUGUGUAUUGGAAAAUGUAUCUGAGGAGACGUCCAGCUGGGUUCUCAAAGCCAAUGUGACCGUAUUUCGUCAUGGCGACAGGUCGCCAAAACAGAAGUUGAAACGCUCUUUUAAAGCGAGCGAGCCAUUUGCAGCACCCGUCAUUGCUCUUCUGCAUGGGUGCCGUGAGGAAAUUAUUUUGCGCCAGCAGCUUGAACUCGUGGAGGAAGCGUUGGAGGAAGCGUCCAAGCUGCCGGAUGCGAACGAGGAAGACCUGCUGUUUUUGAUUGAGGUAAUUGAGCGCAAGAAGGACAUGCCAGGGACCAAGAUUCAAAUAAAGCCAAGCUUCAACAAGGAGACUGGCGUUUUGGAGAAGACACAGCUCAUCAUUAAGUGGGGCGGCGAAUUUUCCCAUGCCGCACGCCAUCAGGCUCGCGAUUACGGAAAAAACAUGCGCCGUGAUAUGCUGAUUAUGAACAAAGAGGCACUUGACAACUGCACUGUAUACACAAGCUCAGAGCGUCGCGUCUUGUCGAGCGCAGAGAUUUUUGCGAACGCAUUCCUUAAUGACGAAAAACAGGAUGACAGCACCGACAAUAAACCGAGGGAAAUGGUAGUGCGCAAGGAUUUAUUGGACGACUCAAAUGCCGCCAAGGACCUACUCGACCGUGUGAAGAAGGAGUUAAAAAAGGACCUCGCUCCGGGAUCGCCUACGCAAAACGAAAGACCAGUGGGAUGGCCAGAGGAUCUUCCGCCGCCUGCACUCAUGGGUGGUACGAUUCGCGAAAUUUUGCUAUCUUUGGGAGAGACGAUGCACAAGAACUACGAGACGCUCGACGUGGACACAGUACAAGAUCGUUGGUGCACGCACGAGACGCCCAUGUUGUUCAGGGAGCGUUGGGAUAAACUUAUUCACGACUUUGACGAGGAGCCUCACGAACCUACGCGUGCGAGUGAACUGUCUGACAUGCUAUCUCAUGACGGACUGCACAACCGCGCUUUUUUAGAGCGAAUCUUUUACUCGCCCGACGAGGAGCCGCGCCUCAACAGACUUCACAAGCUGUAUCGCUUGAGUCUUGUUUUGUUUGACUACGUGUGUCCCCGCGAAUAUGGGAUUACAUCAGAGGAAAAGGAACAGAUUGGCUUGCUUACGUCUCAGCCGCUUUUAAAAAGCAUCAUCGGGAAUCUGAAAAAGAGUUCAGAAGUCAAAGGACUUUGUGCAUUCUAUUUUACCAAGGAAUCGCACAUUCACACACUUCUCAAUCUUAUCUUAUCUUCAGACCUCAAGGUGAUUAUGCCCCGCCCACCGCCGAUGGACUACUUUUCGAGCAUCACGUUCGAAGUGUAUGAAAGGGAAACGUCGCAUAGCAAUUCCGCAAGUCCAACAGACACGCUGGCAAGCAACGCAGGCAAACCGGAACUCUCGCUAGUCAUCUCUGUCUCUGAGGGCGCACACAGUAACGAGGUACUCUUUAUCAACCUGGAUGCUCGUCAUGCUCUUACUCCACUUCCAAGCCGCAAGCUGACCACGCACAUGGACUUUGACGAGGCUAUAGCCAAGCUAUCUACACACAGCUGUAAACGCCAAGACAAUGAGACAGCGCGUGGUCAAGUGGAAGGCUCAGCAGUAUUCUUUGGCGAGCAGGACGAGGACCAGCGCAUUGUGCCCAUUCCAUACAAGUGCAUGGACAUCGAUGGCUACAGUGUUACUUCAACUAUCCCUGCAUCGCUGCCGUCGUUCCAAGUAGCGAUGCGCCAGGGCCUUUUUAAGGCGAGAUCGAAUACGAAUCAGAUUAAUGCAUCAAUGGUUCCCUCUAUGCGUCUGAUGAGCUCGACACCGCGGCGCUUGGAUGACUCGAGAGAUAAAGAAAGGAAGACAACAGGUGCAGAAAUUCCAGCCAAGAAGGCAGAGGAAGCGCCAAAGACAAUGCAAGAGCGUAUGCAGUCUAUGUGGUCUACGAUCAAAUAUCUUUUUCGAUUUUACUUGAACGGUGUGAAGCAAAUCUGGAGCAACAGGACGAUUGUAAAGGAGAUUCGCGCGGAAGUGCGCGAGACGGGCCGCCCCCUUACGUUUGAAGAGACGACUAUGAUUCGCACGCAUGGGUCUGAUAUGAUCAAAUUGCCCUUGUUCUUGUUGAUUCUGGUAACGCUGGAAGAGCUGCUGCCAUUGAUGGUCAUUUAUACCCCAUUUUUGCUUCCCUCUACAUGUAUCCUUCCCAGCCAGCGCCUGAAAAUCCGAAAGCGCUUGGAAGUGAAGCGCGAGAAUGCAGUGAAAGAAGUGAACCAUCUCAAUUUAGACGAUCCAGUUUUACAACAGGCCAACAGCGGCGAGGGGAUGGAGCAGAGCAAGUCGCUUUCUUCCAUUUCCCCACAAGGAAUUCAAGAGCUCGUUACCAUCUUCAACCUUUCCGCUUGGGGUGGAAAUAGAUUGCGUCGGGGACGUCUUGCUGCGCAUAUAAAGCGGCUCUUGGAUGACGACAAGAGUCUAGCGCUAUCCAGGCUCCUGAGUGAAACCUCAGACGACAAUCUGGACUUGUUGGCCGACACAUGUACGGAACGCGGCAUUCGCGCAGUAAACGUGACUGCUGCUGAGAUGCGCGAGACGAAGCCGCCCUCACUUUUGCAAGUCGCACUCCUUCCAAAACAGCUCCCAGAAAUUGGUGGGCCGGAGGAGGUCAUUUUGGAGGAAAUCAAGCAAGAAGAUGACCAAACUGUGAUGAGGCAGACAAGUACCGUUGUCAGUGAAGUGGUCCAGGAAGAAAAGCGCAUCGAGAGUGAAGAGAAGCGCAAAUAA